UUCAAAUAGGGUGUGCCCAUCAGUGUGCCCCCUUAUAUUAGGUGUCGCCAUCAGAGUGCAACUUUACAUCAUGUAUUCACAUCACUGCCCCUUUACAUCAGGUAUCCCCAUCACAUUGCCACCUUAUAUCAGGUAUUCCUGUCAAAGUGCCCCCUUACACUCAAAGUACCCCUUUCUAUCAUAUUUCCCCAUCAGAGUGCCCCUUUCCAUCACAUGUGCCCAUCAGAGCGCCCCUUUCCAAAGUAUGUGCCCAUUUGUGCCCCUUAACAUAAAAUGUGCCCAUCAGAGUGCCCCUUAAUAUAAAAUCAGAGUGCCCCUUAAUAUAUAUGUGCUCAUCCGAGUGCCCCUUAAUAUAAAUGUGCUCAUCCGAGUGCCCCUUAAUAUAA